AUCCGAGAGAGCAAGAUGGGUCACCAGCAGCUGUACUGGAGCCAUCCGAGGAAAUUUGGCCAGGGUUCUCGUUCUUGCCGCGUCUGCUCAAACCGGCACGGUCUGACCCGGAAAUACGGCCUCAAUAUGUGCCGCCCGUGUUUCCGUCAGUACGCGAAGGAUAUAGGCUUCAUUAAGUUGGAUUAAGUGAACUUCCUUGAAUUGGUCAUCCAAGAUAACCUACGUUAACUGCAGAUAAUCAGGAUACCUACUUUAA